AUGUUCAAGAAGUUUUGCGGCAAGGUGAAGUGCUUGGGGCGCUUGGGACGCAUGUGCAACUGUGAUGAUGAAGAAGCUAAUACCGAAGGCCUAUCCCAAUCUAACCGCCCAAGUCAAUCGACACAUCAGAAUCAAGAUAAUGGCCAGCGUCAAGCCAUUUUGCAGAAUCAAACAGAAGAGAACCAGCAAACCGAGGAGAACGAGGAGGGAGAGAAUUACCCACCUCUUCCCCCUUCAAGAACUUCAUCAAAUACUUCCUCCACAGGCCUCACGCAUGCGGUGAAUGAAGCUAACCUCAGUGGAAGAGGAUCCAACAAUCAAGCUGAUCCCAUGGACGAGGACAAUGGGAAAGAUCCUCAAGAAGGCGGUAACAGCCCAAGGCCAAGUAUUAGCUCGAAGAGGAAGCGUUGGUGCUUACAGGAGGAGGAAGACCCCGAAUAUGUCGAGGGACAGCAGGGUUCCUCUUCACACAGCGGGGGCUCUGGGUUGAGCAGACCGAGUAAGCGCGCGCGCUCCAACCCACCAUCCCCCGUCCACCGUUCUCCAUUACCGAUAGCCAGCUCCAGUAGAGAUCAGGUCCCUUACUGGAGCUGGAGUCCUGGUACCUCCCGUGAGGGGUCGCCUCGGCCGAAAGCUCCUCGGCCGGACUCUCCUAGUCCGACUCCUCAGCCGGAAGCUCUUCGGCCGGACUCUCAUUGUCCGGUUCCUCGCAAGCCGACCAAAGAGAAGAUUGCCAAGUAUCGAGAAUUAGGCGCCAAUUUCCAAGCUUGGAUUGAUGACCCAAACAAGCCGGAUUGUCCGAUUGGUCGCUCAUGGCUAACCCUAGACGAGCUUGAGAAAGUUGGCACAAGGAAUACGACAUGGCCGCGGACGAUCCCGUGGAACUCCAAGGCGGCGACCCCUCGAGCACAAAUAUACCCCGAGGUGAGGAUCAGUAUCGCUAUACGAGCCUUCGGCGGUUUCACGUUUACGCGGAUCAACCAGAAAAUGAAAAUGCGUGGAGCAGUUAUGAACAUCUUAUUGGACGGGGAAUCAUCAUUGGCAAAAGCUUUAUAUACAAACGACUACAGCAUUGAUACUCUGAGGCAUGUCAUGUUUACAAAUGUUAUAAACGAAGGGCUCGCACCAUAUAUAGAGGAAGUACUCUACCCUAGAAAAGGGACUUUGUGGUCAGACGCCUGGGAGGUGCCCUCGGCUUUUACUCGAGGUACUAUGUGCGUCACCCAAAUUGUUGUUUGGUCCUACAACGGCUCAGCCCAGAUUCGAUUUGAGAUUGAGCCUAAUGUUCCUGAUCCAAUUGCCCUGCCGGCAGCUGCAGGGUUGGGUUCCAUCUAA